GUCAAGCACCUCGUCCUCGAUGCCGGGCCUUUUCUCUCUUUCACUCCACUCCGACAUCUCGCCCAGCGUUUAUAUACCACCCCUCAAGUAGUCGCUGAACUCCGUGAUCCAAGAUCAAGGGAACAUUUUCAGAAUUUAGGCUUACAAGGUGUCGACGUCAAGGUGGAAUCACCGAGGUCGGAUGCACUCGCUCGAGUCAUAGAAUUCUCAAAGAAGACGGGAGACUAUGCCGUGCUAUCUCAGACUGAUCUGGGGGUGGUGGCUUUAACUCUGCAGUAUGAGUUGAUGGAGAAUGGUGAAGCCAACGUACGGACCGAACUUGAAGGCUCAGAAGAGUCCUCUGAUGAUGGGGAAGAGCCGGGGAAGGAAGGAAAGAGGAUUGAAUCUGGAGGUGAGACUGAAGAGAUCAAACGUGUCGACGUGGAAGAACUUAGUAGUCCUCUCAGCGAGGUCGAUGCGGAACAUCAGGUGUCAGAAGCAUCUAUCACACUUCAACGGAUAUCCUUGAAACCCGAAGUAACCGACCUGUCGUCUGGAGAUGCGGGUCAGAUAGACACGCUGGCCUCGUCCCAGGUCGUGGAGGACGACGAAGAAUCUGGAGGCGAAUGGAUCACCCCAUCCACCCUCAACAAACAUCGCUCACACGAUCUCGGUCUCACUACAGGAGGAGAUGAUUCGGAUCGACCACUUGCGGCAGCGUGUAUGACGGGAGAUUAUGCUGUUCAGAAUGUAUUGCUAGGAAUGGGUCUGGGCCUUGUCGGGGAUGAAGGAAAGAGGAUUUCGAAAGUUCGUAGUUGGGUCUUGAGGUGUCAUGCUUGUUUCAAGAUUUGCCGGGACCCUAGUAAACGAUUCUGCCCUUCAUGUGGUAACGCAACACUACUCCGAACUACGAUCACCACUUCUGCCUCCGGCAAGCAGCGCAUCCACCUGAAGAGAAAUUUCCAGUAUCAUCUACGAGGCACAAAAUACUCUAUUCCUGAUUCCAAGCCGGGCAGAGCCAAAGGACAACAGAAAGGAGGGUCAGGAUUGAUUUUGAGAGAAGAUCAAGGAGAGUGGCUAGAUGCUUUGAAGACACAGCAAUGGCAGAAAGCUAAGGAAGAGAAGAAGAUAGCCAAGGGAGUGUUGGAAGGUUGGAACGAUCCUGAUUGGUUACCUGACAUCCUCACUGUGGGUAAUUCCGGAAAGGGGCGAAAUGGACCUGGUGGGAUGCCCACCAUAGGUCAUGGGAGAAAGAAUCCUAAUCAAGCCAGGCGAAAGAGAUAG